GAUGGCGCAGCUCUGCGCUUUACCUGCAUAUUAGCUCCGGUGCAGUGCAGUUUGCAAAAUGGCGGCAACACCGGCUUCAAAUCCCUCUCAGCUGCUUCCACUCGAGCUGGUGGACAAAUGCAUCGGCUCCCGGAUUCACAUCGUCAUGAAAAACGACAAAGAAAUCGUGGGUACCUUACUGGGUUUCGAUGACUUUGUCAACAUGGUGCUUGAGGAUGUGACAGAAUUUGAGAUUACGCCAGAGGGAAGAAGAAUAACCAAACUGGAUCAGAUUCUGCUCAAUGGAAACAACAUAACCAUGUUAAUCCCAGGAGGAGAAGGACCGGAAGUAUAAGACGAUUUGGAUGAACAUCCUGAAUUUUUCUUUCUUCAUACCUGCCUUUCAGUUUCCCUCUUUUCUGUGUUUCUCUUCUUUUGUAAGAGGUGUUGUCCUGAGUUGUAAUGUACCUUAAACCCUGUUAGCAGUAUCGAGAAAUGACUGCUGAAUAAUUGAGUUUUUGUUAUAAUUAAAUACGAAAGAAAGAAA